UUGAUUCCGACUCCGACGAUGGUGGUGAGUUGGUUAAAGUUGGUGGGGAUGCUGAUGAUGCUGACAAGGCUGUUACUGCUGUUCCUUCUGCUGAUGUGAAUCCUUCUGAGGAUGUUGGAGGGAGUGAUUAAAAUGUUAAGGAUGUUGAGAAGCCGAAGGGCGAUGAGUCUCGAUUGAAGGGGGACGAUUUCUUUGAUGGGUUGAGCCAACUUGUAAUAGAUGAUGAUCAAGUUGUGUUGGCUGGCUUGGAGGCUGUUGCUAAAAUCAAUGUCCCCGCACCCAAUCCAGAUGUUGUUGGUGAAAAGUCAGAUGCCCUUCAUACUGAUGAAGAAACUGAGGAUACUGUCUCUGAUACACCUCUGUUGGAUAAGAGGAAGCGUGCUCCGGCCUUGAAAUCUCCAUUUGUUGAUUUCGGGUCUGCUGAUGUCGGGAGCACUCCAAUGGAGCUUAUGUCCUCAGGUUCUCAAUCAGCUGGGGAUGAUAGGGCUUUCAAAAUGGUGACUUAUGUGAAGGGCCUUUAUGCUCUUAAUGAUGCUUUUGCUGAUCCCGUAUCUACCGAGAUUGAGGCAAAAUUUGACUCUUGGAUUGGUGAAGGAUUGCUUAAACAUCCUAGGUCACUGUUUUUAUUAAAUCUGUUUUUGUAUUAUUUUUUUUUUCAGUUUUAUUCCUGUUUUAAUGCUAAAUUUUUGCUGUUUUUUUGUUGUUGUAGGCAUUAUAAUUGUUAUGAAGACGGCGCAAAGAAAUUUACCCCGGGUUUUAGGCUAGGUGUUGAUUAUGUUGAGGAUAAAACUUGGUUUUACCAUUUGGCCACAUGCGACAUGUUUAUGAACGACUCGCAUAUGAACACCAUAUUCUAUUACCUUCGGAAAAAAGGUAAGUAUUCUUCCGCUGUGACGUUGAAUUUCGCAACUACUGAUUGUCUUUUUGAUGAUUCCAUCCAAGCAUUGUACCACAAAUUUAACAAGGCCAAGUCAAUGAAGACUAAGAUGUCACACAUUCACGCUGCCCACCCAAUUGCGCAUUACAUCCGAGGUAUGCGCAUUCCCUGUUCCAAGCCUUGGUAUGAAGCCGAUCACGUGCUUUUCAUCAUCAAUUUAAGAAGGGAAAGUCAUUGGGUUUUUGGGCGUCUUGACGUGAACGAAGGGACGUUGUUUCUGUACAAUUCUUUGAGAACCGCGAAGAUGAAUGCCGCAGCUAGGAAUGCGAUGAAGGCUUAUUCCGUGUUGCUGCCUUUGUUUUUCGAUUUACUUGGGUUCUGGAAGAAUAGAGCACAAGCUCCUGCCUCAGUUUCUGACCCUACAGCUCCAUUCAGAAUCGUGGAGCUUAGUGGUCUUGCGUCUCAGCAGAAGAAUGAUUGUGGAGCAUAUGUUGCUGCCUUUGCUGAAUUCUUUAUACACGGAAAGGAUGUCCCUGCAGACUUUGACAUCGAAGUUUAUCGAACCCGACUUGCUUCACUUUUCUACUCGUACGGACAAAGGAAAAUUGACGAAAGUAUUGACAGCGAGGAUGAGAAGCAAACCAAGUCUUCUAAGGCAUCUAAAUUGAAGAAAUAGGAUCUUUUAAUUUGGUGGCUCUAUUCUGUUAUUUGUUGAAUCUAUUUACUUGACAAGUUUUAGUGUUGUUGUUUCAAUGUAGGUAGUAUAUUUGAUUUUAUACUAUGUAGCUGGUUUAAAACUUUUAGGAUAUUUGACAUUAACUCCUUAUAAUAUCUUUAUUGUAUAGGUUUGUAUUUCCCAAAGUUGUUUGUUUUUUUUAAUUGUUCAAGUUCUUAUAUACGGUCGCACAACUAUAGAGAAACUAUUAACCAACUAAAUACAAACUAUGUUUUUAUUUUUCCUAAAUAGUGCUAUGAAUGUAUAUUUAUUCUUCGUAUUCCAUUAAUCCAUUUCCCUUAUUCAAGUGAUGUCUUAUCAAUUAUUGACUGACUGCCUUUAAAACUGUGAAGAAGAAGUCAUUCCG